GUUGGGCGCCCUCCCCUCUGUAGCAAUUCACACGCACGACACGCGCAGACACACGCAACGGCUCGGGCCUUCGGGCGCGUGGCCCGACCCGCUCCCCCUGGACCAGUCUGCGUCUGGUCUGCCGGGCCUGCGUCCUCCCUCUUCUGUCCCGUCCAGUCCUGUCUGGUCCGGUUCUGCCCACCCCGCCCGCCCGGGCCGAAGUGCCGCGGGGCCAUGGCGGGAGCCGCUCGCCUGGGGACCCGUCAGCUCCUCUAAGAUGGCCUUGGGGGAGUCCAUGCUGUCCAGCCUCCUCCCCAUCCUGAGCCUCCUGCUGCUCAGGGGCCAGGGCUGCCCCACCGCCUGUCGCUGCUACAGCAUGACUGUGGAGUGUGGUUCGCUGAGCCUGCAGAACAUCCCCCCUGGAAUUCCACCCAUCACCCAGACAGUGUUCCUGCAGGAUAACAGCAUCACUCAGAUUCACCAAGCAGACCUGGCCCCCCUCUCAGGCCUGCAGUAUCUCUACAUGCAGAACAACAGCCUAUGGGCCUUAGAGCCCGGUGCCUUCCUUGGGCAGCAGCAACUGCUGGAGUUAGCCCUCAACCGCAACCGCAUCCACCUGCUCAACAGCAGCAUCUUCAAGGGCCUGGACCACCUGCGUGUGCUCUACCUGGCAGGGAACCAGAUCACCCGGCUCCUUGACUCCACCUUCUGCUAUCUGCCGAGACUGCAGGAGCUGCAUCUGCAGGAAAACAGUAUUGAGCUGCUGGAAGACCAGGCCCUAGCUGGCCUCUCCUCUCUAGCUCUGCUUGACCUCAGCAAGAACCAGCUGAGCACCAUCAGCCGGGAUGCCCUGGUCCCUCUGGCCAGCCUGCAGGUCCUGCGGCUCACAGAGAACCCAUGGCGCUGUGACUGUGCUCUGCACUGGCUUGGGGCCUGGAUCAAGGAAGGGGGCCAGAGACUCCUCAGCUCCCUGGACAAGAAGAUUGUGUGUUCUGAGCCCCCACGCCUGGCCCACCAGAGCCUCCUGGACAUCUCAGGCAACAGCCUUAUCUGCAUUCCCCCUACAGUGCAUGUGGAACCACUGGAGGUGAUGGCCCAGCUUGGGGAUGACUUACGGGUCUCCUGUCAAGCCUCCGGUUACCCCCAGCCUCUGGUCACUUGGAGGAAGGUGGCCCAGUCCCGAAUGGGACUGCCUAGAGCAAGUGUCCGGUUGGUGGGUGGGGCCCCUGGGUUGAGUGAGGGAAAUUUAGGGGAGCACUUGGCUUCAGACACAGGGAGCGGGAUGCUUUCCCUCACCAAUAUCACCAUGGCCCAUGCUGGAAAGUAUGAAUGUGAGGCCACCAACCCAGGAGGCACCACCCGCGUGCCUUUUCACCUGCUGGUGAACCUGUCCCAGCAGCAGCUGCCCCGGCCCCCGCCGCCAGCCUCCGGGGCUGUGAGCCGGGAGCCCCUGUAUGAGGCGGGCAGCAUGGACUUCCACGCCCUGGGCACAGCCACGCAGACAGCCAUAGCCGCUGGCAUCUCCCUGCUAGCCCUCACGGCCCUGUUGUUGACCAUCAUGAUCUGCAGAAAGCACCGAAAAAGGAAAAAAGCCAAGCAGGAGGAGAGCGUCCUCUACGUCAAUGACUACUCGGACGGGCCCACCACCUUCGCCCAGUUGGAGGAAUACAGGGACGAGCGGGGCCACGAGAUGUUUGUCAUCAACCGCAACAAGCCCCUCUUCCCCACCUACGAGGAGUCCGGGGAGGGGCCGCCCGCAGGCCGCCCGGGCCUGGUGCCCAGCUCCGAGCCCCUCCAAGAUCAGGGCCUCUUGUUCCAGCCACAGAUUGCCUAUGAAAUCCACUGCUGAGGGCCUGGCCUGGCUCGGCCCGGGUGGUGG